CAGUUACCUUGAAAUAAUAGCAACUCUUCCUAUAGACUCUCUGUUAGCUGUCCGUGUUAUGGAUUGGGAUGCUAUCUCUAGAAAUGACAUUAUUGGCGAAACAAUCAUAGACAUUGAAAACCGCUUUUACAGUAAACAUAGAGCCACUUGUGGACUCCCUGAAUGUUAUGAGACUUCAGGACCUAAUACUUGGAGGGAUAUAGAAACACCGAGAGAUAUUCUUGAGAGAUUAUGCAACACUCACAACUUGCCACUUCCUCAGUACCACGAGAAAAGUGUGAUCAUUGGCUCUAAAGAAUUCUCUAUACACAAAACCUCUUUGGACAGGACAGAAAACCAACAAAAAUUAGCCUUAUCUGUUUUAAAUCACUGGGAAGAAAUGCCCAUUGUAGGACGACAUUUGGUCGGUGAACACGUAGAAACUAGGUUUUUGUUUAGGGAAGAUCGGCCAGGACUAGUCCGUGGAAGACUUAAGAUGUGGGUGGACAUGUUCGACAUAUCCAUAGGCAACAUUCCCCUACCAUUAGACAUCACUCCGAGACAACCACAAGCUUAUGAACUCCGGGUAAAUAUUCUUAACACUGCUAAAAUACCACUGAUCGAUCAAUACACAUUCGAAGACAAAAAAUGUACUGACAUAUUGGUAACCGGGUGGUUAGGGGACCCAAAGACCUUGCAGAAGACUGAUGUUCAUUACAAAUCCUACACAGGUGAAGGAAAUUUUAACUGGAGGUUUGUUUUUCCGUUUAUGUACUAUCGUAAAGAACAGAAAAUGGUAUUCUACUCAAAAAACCUCUUUGACAUUGGGAAAUCAGAGGAAAAAGUAUCACCGACUCUCCAUCUUCAAGUUUAUGACAGUGAAGGGUUGAUGGAAGAUUCUCUCAUCGGUGAAAUGAUGUUUGAAAUCUGUUCAAUGCCAAGGGGAGCACCUUCAGUUAGGGCUUGCAAAUUAGAACGUUUUCUAGAUACAUCCAACUAUGUAGACUUGUUCAAAGUGUAUAAUCUUGAUGGUUGGUGGCCUUUCCUAGUGAACAGCACUGUUCUUAAAGGCAGAGGCUUUUUAGAAGCUGAGUUUUUCUUGAUAACAGCUGAAGAAGCUCGCAGAUGUCCAGUAGGACUUGGGAGAUCACCUCCAGACCCUCUGCCACCCCCUGCAAGAUCCAGCAACAGGAGGAAUCCGCUCCAGGUGAUUGAGGAAAUGAUCAACAGACAAAAUAUCCAGGCAUAUUUCGGACUUACUCUUAACUUUUUCAUUGUACUGACUUUAAUAGUGUUACUGGGCAUAUUGGUCUAUACACUACCGAGUAUGGUUGAAAAACUUAAACCCUGGUUACGAGAAACCUUUUAAGUAAUUAAGUACGGUAAUAGAAAUAUUUUGUGUAGAACAAUAAACAAUUCGUAUAAAAUACAUGACAUUAAAACAUUAGUAUGAUGCUUUAGUCAGUGUGGUUGUUCUGUAAAUUACAUAAAUGGUCGG